AUGGAAGCGGGCGGGGUGGCGGUGAGGGAGAACCGAAUGGCGGCCUUCGCGGGGAAAUGGGAGGCGUUCGGGCAGACCAAGGUGGCGGCGCUGAAGGCGGCUGUGGUGCAGGGCGUGGCGCAGAGCCAGCAGAUGUUCGAGAAGGAGAAGGCCGCUCAGCUCACGCCACUCGAGCAAGAAGCCAAGGUGAAGGAGCUGCGCGCAUCGCUCGGUCCGCUCCCCAAGCGCGCGCAGAUAUUCUGCUCCGACGCGUGUCUGCGCCGAUACCUGCGCGCGCGCAACUGGCACGUGCAGCGCGCCGAGCGGAUGCUGCGCGACACGCUCAAGUGGCGCGACCAGUGCCGCCCGGAGGAGAUUCGAUGGGCUGACGUGGCAGAGGAGGGUGCGACGGGCAAGGUGUACCGAACGGCAUUCCAAGACAAACACGGCCGCCCAGUCGUGGUGCUCUCUGCCGGCCAGCAGAACACCAAUAACCAUGCGGGGCAGGUGCGGCAUCUCGUGCAAUGUCUUGAGAAUGCCGUCAUGAACCUGCCGGCCACUGCCCGCGAGCAGCAGCAGCUGCAGCAGCAAGAUGGUGUGGAGAAGGGAGAGGAGCAGGGGGAGCAGGAGCAGAUGGUGUGGCUGAUUGAUUUCCGCGGGUGGAGCAUGCGCAAGGCCCCGCCGCUCAAGACGUCUCGCGAGGUGCUGAGCAUUCUGCAGAGCCACUACCCGGAGAGGCUCGGCGCUGCUGUCAUCUACAACCCGCCCGCCGUCUUUGAGGCCUUCUGGAAGUUGAUCCGGCCCUUCAUAGAUCCGGUGACAUUCAACAAGAUUCUCUUUGUCAACCCUUCCAAGCCCGACACGGUGAAGAAACUCGAGGGAAUCUUUGACCUGGACUGCCUUGAAGAGGCGUUUGGGGGGCGGUCCAAGUGGACCUAUGACCAUGCGACAUAUGGCGAGAUGAUGGCACGGGAUGACGAGAAGACGGCAGAGUACUGGGGGAUAGUUGAGGGGGAGCGGUUGGGGCAGCAGCCGGAGUUUGUGGGGGAUGAGAGUGGGGACGGUGUUGACAGCACUCAGGGUGAAGGACCUGCACACAUCCCUCGGUCCGCUCCCCAAGCGCGCGCAAAUAUUUUACUCCGACGCGUGCCUGCGCAGUGGCGCGACCAGUGCCGCCCAGAGGAGAUUCGAUGGGCUGACGUGGCGGAUGAGGGCGCGACGGGCAAGGUGUACCGUACUGCAUUCCAGGACAAACACGCCCGCCUGGUCAUGGUUCUCUGUGUGGCACCUGGUGCACUGCCUAGUCAAUGCCAUCAUGCCGUCAUGAACCUGCCCGCCACUGCUCACCACUCUCAAAGCGCCCCUCCUCUUGCGCCCAUUCCCCUUGCUCACAGAACACCAGCAAACACGUGGGGCAGGCUCGGCGCUGCUGUCAUCUACAACCCGCCUGCCGUCUUUGAGGCCUUCUGGAAGGUGCGUGAGGAUUUUGGGGAAGGUGAGGUGGUGUGUACGGAUGGUGGGAUGGUGCAUGGGGCUCCUUGGGAAGAACUUUUGAGUCGACUCCAAGGCUGGCGUGGUGCUGCUGUCAUGUGCAACCCGCCUUUUUGCUUUGAAGCCUUUUGGGACGUGAUCCGCCCCUUCAUAUACCCGGUGACAUUCAACAAGAUCUUCUUCAUGGAUCACCUUGAGGAGGUGUUUGGAGGCCGGUCUAAGUGGACCUAUGACCAUGCGACAUAUGGCGAGAUGAUGGCUAGAGAUGAUGAGAGGACCACAGAGUACCGUACUGGGGGAUAG